AUGUUUUCGCGUGUGAUUCCUCUUAUUCUUCGUCGGACAAGCCCCAGACUGAUAUCAACUCCCGUCCUGAGGUCAUCGCGUCCCGUAAAUUCAUUUAAUCUCACCAGAAAUUGCUCAAACAAUGCUCCGCCAGUCAAAAAUGAGCCAUCCAGCGAGGAUUCCGUGAAAAAACUCCAACUUUCAGCCACUUGCAAGCGAUGCGGGACACGAAAUACGAAAAUUAUCUCAAAGGUUGCUUAUGAAAAUGGAGUCGUUCUGAUACAAUGUGAAGGAUGUCAAAAUUACCACAUAAUCGCCGACAACCUCGGAUGGUUCUCAGACCUCAACGGGAAACGCAACAUCGAGGAAAUUCUGGCAGAAAAGGGAGAAAAAGUCAUUCGGGGGCAGUUUGUAGAAAUAAGAAACAAGAAAAAUGAUGAUGAAAAAUAA